AUGACCAGCCUGCUGGACAUGUUUGAUACUGGCAUGGCUCAGUCUUAUUUUUCCAAACUUAUAUCAAUCGAUCUUGAGCUUGUCUGUGUGGAUGCGGAUCCGGCUAUGGAGGUCAUAUACUCUGACAGAAUAUUACCUUUACUGACUCUCCCCCGUCUGCAACACUUUUGGGUGAAUCGCUGCCUUGGUGAUAGUGCCUACCACCCCGAAGAGGGUAUUCCCCCAAAGACUAUGAACUUCUCAUCUAUUUCGCUUGUGCACAGCUGCCUGGACUGUAUGACAUUGACCGAGAUAAUACUGGCUUCUAAGAGGCUAAAAGUCUUCACGUACUCGGUCAGCGUCGAUAUCAUUGAGAAUCUAGAGAACACAGAUCCCAUAAACACCGAGGAACUCAUUGAAGCUUUAUCUUGUCACGCAGAAACUCUGAACGAAGCGCACAUCUCAAUGAAGGAACGCUCCCGGGCCCGAGCAGAAUCAGUUGAACGCCCUACUACGUUUGAAUCUUUCCUCCCUUUGAGAAAUCUCCGGUACCUAGACAUCGAGCAGGCCGCUAUAAUAGAUGCGCCAGAAUUGCCUGAGUCAUUAAAGAUGCUGCGGAUUAAGACCUGCAAUCGUCCCAUCUUCGAGCUAGCAGAGUUCCUGGUCAAAGAAAGCAGAGGGCGUCUCUGUAGCCUUGUAGCUGUCAAGGUCGCGCCACGAUCCAGGCCGUGCACUGGGAUGUUGGGUAUGGAGGAGUCAGCAUUCACGGAGGAGUCUCUUCUCGACGGAAGAGUGUUUACAGAAGAGCCGUCCAAAUUGGCCGAGUUUAGAGAACAGGUCCAAAGAUUGGAGACAAUUAUCCAUGGUGCUAAUUUCAAAUUGUAUGUGGAGUGCGUGUCCUACAUGUUUAUGUCGAAGCGACGUGAUAUUCCGAGGGCGUACAGCGGGACUUUUUUGACUUAA